AAAAGGGCGCGAAUUUUGUUCGAUGUCGUUUUGUCGCGAUGACGCGUCGCUCGCGGUGUAAACACGGUGUAAACUAGAGUAUUUAUAAACUCACGAGGAGACAUGAGGAGUUUAAUGUCAUCACAUCUCAGCUGAGUGUCCGCAGCGCCGCUGUUUUGCUUUAUGACACACUUCUGAUGGGGGCGGGGCCAUCCCUAAGACAACCAAUCACAGUUGCGGAGACAAACGCUGCCGUCUCUAAUUGGUUCUCGCUCCUGUCAAUCACAGGGUGAGCCCGCUGUCCUCCAGGACGCACUUUAUUCCGAGAGCGAGUCGCGGAUCCGUCAUGCACCUCAGAUGGGCCUUCGAUCGCCCCGAUGAUGAACACCCGCCCCGUCAGUCCAUCCCGGGCCGUCCCCGACUCGAGACGAGACCCACGAGACAACUGCCAACUUAAUUUAGGAGUGUGAUUAAUUCCCUCGUAAUGGAAGGCACGCACACUGUGCUGCGUCUGUACAAACCCAUCCAUGAGCUGUGCUUCAUCAGUCUGUACUUCCCUACGAGGAAGUCCCGAGGUUUUUCACGAGCUGGCCAUUCCCCUCGUGAAGUCCAGCCUCUGCAGCGGCAUGAAGACCCGGCCAGGACUAAACAAAGACCCCAGUAUUAUGAAGUAUUCCAGCCCUGCGAGGGGACAAAAGGAGCGGUUGCGCAGCUCCGGUGGCUGGCUGCAGAACACCAUCAGCUGCUGACGGACCUUCUGUCUUUAUGCAGCGACUGCGCAGACAGGCUCAGGAUGGGCAACCAGGAUGGGAAGCUCCAGGAGGAACAUGGUGUUAGUAGCAGCAACCUUACACUUUCUCCCUCCUCGGAGCAAAAGAGAGCGACCUCGAGAGUUCGGAAGCUGAAGAAACUGGGUUCCAAGAAGGUGGACAGUGCUGAAGAGUUCUUGCAGAGCAAGAUGAAGAAGAAGGUUCAGAGUGGAGCAGCGUCCGAGUUUUCCCAGCCGAAGGCUCCCGGAACGCCAGUCUCAAUCCACGGCCCGGACACUCCAGGAUCAGGCUCCUACGUCAGUGUCUCCAGCGAGCCUCUUCUUCCCAUGGACGAGCAUUUCCAUAUCGCCCACGAUGGCUGGGAUUUCAUGGAGGAACCUCGUUCUUUUGAAUGCGAAAUGGAUUCGGACUUCGGAGAACUCUGUUUGGAGUACGAGAAACCACAUGUUGACAGUUCUGGGAACCAUCAAGAGAAGUUUGGAAGUGAUAAUAUGGCUAGAAAAGACAACAUGCUUCCGAAUGAGGAGCCUGUAUCUCAUUCCUGCUCGGAUGUGGAGGGAAUCUACCAGAAAUCAGCUGGACGUGAAGAGAUCAAUCGCUUUAAAGACCAGGUAUGCAAGAAGACAAUUGUCGCCAGCUCUAACCUUCGCUCCUGGACCAGAAGCCCCACAUCAAGCUCCCUCUCCGGGGUUUUCAAUGUGUCUUAUCCUGCUUCCAACAGCCUCCAGAGCAUGUCGCCUGUGUCCUCUCAGCUUCCCAGUCCCCAGAUGAACCACCGUAUUGUGUUGCUGCCCGAGGAGGAGGAUGAUGGAAAUAAACGCUCCUCUAGAGACGAGCCCAAAGUCACCACGGAGGUCAUCGACAAAAACGGCAACCGCAGGACAGUCACGCGCCUCGACCUGAACCUCGGCAAUCAUUUCAGUCUGAAUGGAGCCAGCACAUCGAGUGCCACGACCUCAGAAAACUCUCUGCUGCGGCCGGAGGACAUCUGGAUGCUGGACGGGGAUGAAUCCAUUACCCAGGAGCCUUUGUGUCGUCCCAGCAGACCUGAUCACCUGGACUUCCUGAGAAUCACACCGCCAGAGGAUGACAUCAUCGGAGACACUCCAUAUUAUCCGAAGCUUGGAAUAACAUCUGAAGUCACGUCUCCGUCCGAUGGUGAGGACCGAACGCCUGGACGUCUGCAGGCCGUCUGGCCUCCGCCCAAAGAGGAUGGCGAGGAGAAGGUCGGACUGCGUUACACUGAAGCAGAGCACCAGGCCGCCCUCCUGCAGCUGAAGAGAGAGUGUAAAGAGGAGCUGGAGAAACUGCAUGCGGAUUUCGAGCUACGGCUUUUCCAGGUCCGAGGCGAGCAUGCAGAGGUCGUGGCCCGUUUGGAGUCUGUCAUCGACAGGAUGCAGCAGGAUCAGGCGUGUAGCUCUGUACGGGAGCGCGGUGAGCUGCAGGAGGUGUGUGUCUCCACCGAAGACGACCUGCCGCCCAAAAGCUUCCGCAAUGUGUGCGUCCAGACCGACCGCGAGACCUUCAUCAAAACCCCCGAGGGUGAAGAAACAAGACCAGCGCUGAACACCAGCUCCAACCUCCCCAAAAAACUAAACCUGGACUCCAUCAGUGUGAGUUUGGGUGUGAGCCCAGGAGCUCCUCCUCCACCUCCUCCUCUUCCAGGUAGCUCCGCCCCCCUUAUUCCUCCUCCCCCUCCUCCACCUUUACCUGGGCUUGCACCUGCCCCGCCCCCACCUCCUCCUCUCCCAGGAGCUCCUCCUCCUGCUCCGCCCCUUCCCGGUGCAUAUGCUCCGCCCCCACCACCACCCCUCCCUGGAGCUCCUCCUCCUGCUCCACCCCCACCUGGUCUACCUGGAGCCCCGCCUCCUCCUCCACCCAUGCCGGGCUUUGGCGGCCCACCUCCGCCUCCCACUCUCGGCUGGUCUGGAUUCGGACAGGCGGCUGAGAAAGCGCCACGUAAGCCCGCGGUGGAACCGGCCUGUCCCAUGAAACCGCUUUACUGGAACCGCAUUCAGAUUCAGGACAACAAUAAUAACACACUCUGGAAUUCACUGGAAGAGCCCGAUAUCAUAAACACCAAAGAAUUUGAGGAUCUGUUCUCUAAAGCUGCCGUACAAGCCAAGAAGAAACCGCUGUCAGACACGUACGAGAAGAAGAACAAAGCCAAAAAGAUCAUCAAGCUGCUGGAUGGCAAACGCUCUCAGGCCGUGGGAAUAUUAAUAUCCAGCCUCCACCUGGAGAUGAAGGACAUUCAGCAUGCUGUUCUGACGGUGGAUCACUCUGUGGUGGAUCUGGAGACCAUCGAAGCUUUAUAUGAAAAUAGAGCUCAGACUGAUGAACUGGAGAAGAUCAGGAAACAUUACGAGACGUCUAAAGAAGAUGAAGUGAAACUCCUGGAUAAACCUGAACAAUUCCUGUACGAACUCUCCCAGAUUCCGGAUUUCGCCGGUCGUGCUCACUGCAUCAUAUUCCGGACGGUCUUUACGGACUCCAUAUCUUCUGUCCAUCGUAAGGUGGAGACCAUCUCUACUGUGUGCAAGGUGUUUCUUGAGAAUGAGAGUGUGAAGGAUGUGAUCGGUCUCAUUCUGGCCUUUGGAAACUACAUGAACGGUGGAAACAGAACCAGAGGACAGGCGGAUGGAUUCGGACUGGAGAUUCUUCCUAAAUUAAAAGAUGUCAAGAGCAGGGACAAUCGUAUAAGCCUGGUGGAUUAUGUGGUGUCUUACUACCUGAGAAACAUGGACGAGAACGCAGGAACAGAGAAAAGCGUUUUCCCGCUGCCUGAACCUCAGGAUCUCUUCCACGCCGCACAGGUCAAGUUUGAAGAUCUCGCAAAAGACCUUCGCAAGUUAAAGAAAGAGCUGACAGCGUGUGUGAAGGAGGUUCAGCAGGUGUGUGAGAACUCGUCUGACGAACAUCUGCAGCCCUUCAAGGACAAGAUGGAGACCUUCAUCAGCUCUGCACAAUCAGAGUACGCGUCUGAAGAUGAGCGGCUGCAGGCGGCACAGAACAGUUUCCAGGAAACGGUGACGUACUUCGGGCUCAAGCCCAAGUCUGGCGAGAAGGACGUUUCUCCAAACUACAUCUUCAUGCUGUGGUACGAGUUCUGCAACGACUUCAAGAGCACCUGGAACCGCGAGAAUAAAAACAUCUCCAAAGAGAGACUAAAAGAAGCUCAGAAAACAGUCCAAAAAAUCACAGCGGAGAAGAAAGUGGAGACGAAGAAGAUCAACGAAAACAGUCUGAAAGAGCGACUGCGAAAGAAAGAGGCCGGCGUGUCGUCCAGCUGAAGACGCCGAGAUCAGCGCCUCCUCACGGAAACACAGCCGUCCGUCAGGGUCCGAGACCUUCAGCACGCGGGACACAGAUCUCAGAUCAGUCCUGACGGUGUUCGACAUCAUCAGAGAAACACAUGAAACGAAAGGAAGGCUCAUGUGACCUGCGGCGCUCGAGAGAAAGUCUCAUUAAACACUUUAAACGGCUGAAAUCAGCAGUGCCUCAUAUUCAUCAAACACUGAGUGAGUAGUUUCUGUUUUACACUCGUAAAACAUCUCUGCAUUCAUACUUGAACAGAAAAUCACCCGCUUCGCCGGUUUCUGAAGUCCUCGGCCUUGUCGUCUCACCAGUUUCCUUUUGCCAAACUUAUACUUGAUGACGUGUGAAGCACUUUUACACACUAUGCAACGAUAUCCUGAACGAGCGAAUCAUAUCCAUGUGAUGAGAUCAUAUUUCCUUCAGUGAGUGUGUCUGUAUAUUUGAUGACAUUUUUACGUGUAAAUGAGUCUCUAAGCCCUAUUUAUUCACUGAAUGACGGUUUUAUCAAGGAAUAUGAUAAGAAAUGAGUUUAUAUCUGGAGAACUCUCUAAUUUAUCCAGUUAUUUUAAAUGUGUUUAAACACGCCUGGAACAUUAUUACUGUCAGAUUUCUUUUCUUUUUUUUAUUUGAAUUUAUUUUUGUGAUACUUUUACAUUUAUUAGGUGCAAUAAACUUUCUCCUAAAGAUUCUCAAAA